AUUUUGCUCUUUGAAGGUUUUGCGAUGGGACAGACCGCAGACAGCCAUACUGAAAGUCGACGAGACCGGGAGACCAAAAAAUUUGACCAGGGAAAGAAAUCGGGAUAGGGAGCAGAAAGUCGCUAAUAUUGCGUACAGCCUUUCUCAAAGUAAUAACGGGUUGAUGCUGGAAGCCUUGGCAGAGAAGCUAGCUGAUUGGAGAGGCUGCCUCGGCGUCAAGAAGUUAGCACGGGGAAAGUAGCUUGCUUGCUUGCUAACUAGUUAGCUAUCAAAGUGUCUGAAUAUAUUCAGCACCUCUCGAACGCAAGCACGAGCAAACAUUGCGAUGGCGUCACUUGGAAGCUCGGGCUCCGCUUCAAGCCCGAUGGUCAUUUUGGUUCCUAAAACCAAGACCAAGAAGAAACAUUUUGUACAACAGAAGGUGGAAGUAUUUCGAGCAAGCGACCCGGUACUUAGUGUCCUUAUGUGGGGAGUCAAUCACUCGAUCAAUGACCUCAGCCAGGUGCCCGUUCCUGUAAUGUUGCUCCCUGAUGACUUCAAAGCGAAUACCAAGAUUAAAGUCACUAACCAUCUCUUCAACAAAGAGAAUCUUCCAGGGCAUUUCAAAUUUAAAGAGUACUGCCCGCAGGUGUUCCGUAACCUCCGAGAGCGCUUUGGAAUUGAAGAUCUGGAUUAUCAGGUCUCUCUGACACGCAGCCCCACUGUUCGGGGUGGGGAAUGCCAGGACGAGGGGCUGCUCAUGAUCUCUUAUGACCGCACGCUGGUGGUCAAGCAGAUCUCCAGUGAGGAAGUGGAAGACAUGCACAACCUGCUGUCUGAGUAUCACCAGCACAUCGUGACGUGCCACGGCAGCACUCUGCUCCCUCAGUUCCUGGGCAUGUACCGCGUCAGCGUCGAGAGCGAGGACACAUACAUCAUCGUCAUGAGGAACAUGUUCAGCCACCGGCUCGUUGUGCACACCAAGUAUGACUUGAAGGGCUCCCUAGUUUCUCGAGAGGCGAGUGAUAAAGAGAAGGUGAAGGAGCUGCCCACCUAUAAGGACGUAGACUUCAGGAACAACAUGCAGAAGGUGUACGUCAGCGAGGAGGAGAAGGACCGGGUCAUGGAGAAGCUGAACAGAGACGUGGAGUUCCUGGUGAAGUUGAGGAUCAUGGACUACAGCCUGCUGCUGGGGAUCCAUGACGUGGCGAGGGCGGAGCGCGAGGAGGAAGAGCUGGAGGAUUCUUCGUACGAGGAGGAGGCGGAGCCUGAGAACGGCCAGCUUCCCGCCGUGGGCUCGUACGGGACGUCUCCCGACGGCAUCGCCGGCUACCUCAACUCCUACAGGCCCCUGGGCCCCGGGGAGUUCGAGCCCUACGUGGACAUGUACGCUGUGAAGAGUGCACCAGGUGCCCCCCAGAGAGAGGUAUACUUCAUCGGCCUGAUCGAUGUGCUGACGCAGUACGACACCAAGAAGAAAGCGGCACACGCGGCUAAGACAGUCAAACACGGGGCUGGAGCGGAGAUAUCCACGGUCCAUCCAGAGCAGUACGCCAAGCGGUUCCGCGAAUUCAUCGCCACCAUGUUCGCGUAACGGCCACAGCCUCCAGCCACACGGCCGUCGCUCCCACUGACAUGAGCCUCUUUCUGCUCUUCCACUUUUUUUCUCAGAAAGUACAUGAAUUAAACACUGUCCUCAUAUUCAGACAUUCAGAGAAAUGCAGCUAGCUAGGGUCAGUGUAUAGAAGCGAUAUUCUAUUUAUAUUAUCGUACAGAUAUGUAUUUAUUGAUGACGUCAUGCAACAAUCAUAUAGUGACACAUCCCUAUGCCCCUAGAGGGCAUAUAGCCCAGGAAUAUACAUUUCAGAAAAUUAUGCAUUUGAUUCAAAAUGCUUUGUUUAGUGAAAUCAACUUGAUGCCCAUUUGAGCAAUCAGAGAAUUCAGCUGAUCUCAUGGGGCAUUAGGAACAGUCUUUUUGACAUUAUGAAAAGUGGACUCAACAGUUUAGUUUGUAGUGGCAUAGUCAACUAUAUCUUUCUCUGUUCAUUGCAGCUAAGGUAAAACCAGUGUGAUCAGUAAUGAAAAGUAAUUGCUCAAGUUUCAAGAAAAUUUAAGAAUAAACCACAAACCAUAUAGACCACCAUGUUCAAAUGGUAAUAUUGUUUAACCAGUAGAACUAGAUUAUGAAGGAUUCAGUCAACUAAUAUAGACAUGAAGGACACAUUAGACCAAUAUGCCUUAUUGUUGUUGUGCAAUAUUCAAGGAUUGGACCAAAUAUAUUUUACACAAAUUUUCUGAA